AUGCAUAUAGAUUUUAUUCCAUUUGAGAAAUUUAGUAAUAUUACCUAUCUUGCUAAAGGCGGUUUUGGUAAAAUAUUUAAAACAAAAUGUUAUAAUGGAAUAAAUAAUUGGAGCACACGUAGACAAAGAUUUGAUCUUCAAGGAAAUAGUGACGUUGUUCUCAAAAGUCUUAACGAUUCUAAAAACAUAGAUCUUGACUUUUUGACAAAUGGACUUGUUAUAAUUCAUGAAAAUCAAAGUGUUCAUAAAGAUCUGCAUAGUGGUAAUAUACUUGUCUUCGGUGAUUGCAAAAUGUGUAAAAUUGGAGAUUUUGGAAUAAGUAGACCAGCGAAUACGAUAGUCAAUGGAGAAAAUAUAUAUGGUGUGAUUCCUUAUGUUGCACCAGAAAUAUUCAAUGGUGAAAGAUAUACAGCAGCUUCGGAUAUAUAUAGUUUUGGAAUGGUUAUAUGGGAAUUGACAAGUGGUCUAAGGCCUCAUUCUAAUCGAGAUCAUGAUGGGUUUCUUAUUUUAAAUAUUCUUAAUGGUCUUCGUCCAGAAAUUGUUGACAACACACCACUAUUUUUUGUUGAGUUAAUGGAAAAAUGUUGGGACGCUGAUCCACUUAAAAGACCAACCGCUGAUCAUAUUUACCAAACACUAAAUGAGAAAUUAAAAUCAAAUGAAGGUUUUCUCGAAGUUAAAAAAUCCAUACUCAAUGUAAAAGCAAGCCCUCAAGCGAUAUUUUCUAGUCGACCUUUGGACUCUCUAAUCAGUACUGCGUUAAUUUUACAAAAGAUACAUUCAGUCAACUAUGUUAUCAUUACUAGCAAGCGUUAUUAA